AUGAAGUUUGCUGAACAUCUGUCGGUUCACCUAACGCCGGAGUGGAGAAAACAGUACAUCGACUAUGAGGCUCUGAAGAAGAUGCUGCAUGUAGCCCAGGAGCAGGCACCAGUGUCCGAAGUUACAGAGCCGUCAGUCAUUCAACGAUACUACACGUCACUUGAGGAACGAUUCUUCCAGAUAAGUGAAAAGGAACUCACGAAAAUAAACACAUUUUAUGCAGAAAAACUUGCUGAAGCACAAAGGCGAUUAGCAACAUUACAGAGUGAACUCGAGGUAGUCCUCGACGUACAGAAAGAUGAUGGAUUGAAAGCCUCAGGGCAUCAUAGAAGGAAUGUCUUCUACAGACCACACAGGCACAGGGCUCGACACAAGACCAUGUGUGACUUGAAGCUGGCCUUCAGUGAACUCUACCUCAGCCUCAUUCUACUGCAAAACUACCAGAAUCUCAACGUUACUGGUUUCUGCAAAAUCCUGAAGAAAUACGACAAGAUGUUCGCGACAGUGCAGGGCGCGGGCUGGCGAGCUGUUCACGUGGAGAUCUCCCCAGUUUACACCAGUAAAAAAAUUGACCAGCUCAUAACGGAGGUGGAGUCCCUCUACACUCAUCAUCUGGAAGGAGGAGACCGAGCCAAGGCGAUGAAGAGGUUGAGGGUACCACCCCUCGGUGUAGCGCAGCCAACCCCGGUCUGGACGACCUUUCGCGUGGGAAUGGAGUGCGGAUUGAUCCUGGCCCUGGCUGUCCUGAUCAUCAUCAAAGCGAUCUACGUAUCACAGAAAGCCAGCCUCUGGCCACUGCUGAGGAUAUACAGAGGGGGAUUCAUCAUCAUUGAGUUUAUUUUCCUGUUGGGAAUCAACAUUUAUGGAUGGCGAAAGGCUGGGGUCAACCACACCUUAAUCUUUGAACUUGACCCCAGGAACAACUUAUCCCACCAGCAAUUGUUUGAGCUUGCAGGGUUACUGGGGAUUCUGUGGUGUUUGAGCCUUCUCGCCUGCCUAUUCCACUCUUCCAUUCACACUCCCAUGCAAGUCAACCCACUGGUGCUCUACGGAUUUAUGCUCUUGCUGCUCAUCAACCCAACAAAAACUUUCUACUACAAGUCCCGGGUCUGGCUGCUGAAGCUGCUGUUCCGGAUUUGCACAGCUCCAUUCCACAAGGUUGGCUUUGCUGACUUCUGGCUGGCUGACCAGCUGAACAGCCUGGGUCCUAUUUUCCUCGACCUCUGGUCCAUCAUCUGCUUCUACACCUAUGAUGUGAACUGGGAGAGCGAACAGGGCUUGCUGAAUCCCCCUGCAGGUAGGCACGCGCUCAUGCGCAACAGUUAUGCCUCUGGUGUUACCUGCUUCAUCCAGUGCAUCCCACCCUGGAUCCGAUUUGCUCAGUGUCUGCGGCGAUACAGAGACAGCGGAGAUGCCUUCCCACAUUUAGCCAAUGCCGGAAAAUAUUCCACCGUCUUCAUCAUGGUGACCUUCGCUGCUCUGUAUUCAACAGAGAAAGAUCGUUCCCAGUUGACUUUCGGUGUGAGGAUUUAUUUUUACCUCUGGGCCGUGACAGCUUGCGUCAGCACCAUUGUCACUGUGGGCUGGGACCUGAAGAUGGACUGGGGGCUGUUAGACAAGAAGACGAAGGAGAACAAGUUCCUGAGAGAGGAGACGGUUUAUCGGUACAAGGCCUACUACUACUGUGCUGUGGUCCAAGAUGUGAUCCUGCGCAUUGCCUGGGUCCUCAACAUCAUAUUUGUUCAGAUGAAGCAAUCUGACGUGUCCGAGAUUGUCACCACAACUUUUGGGCCCCUCGAGGUAUUCAGGCGUUUUGUCUGGAACUUUUUCCGCCUGGAGAACGAGCAUCUGAAUAACUGCGGCCAUUUCCGAGCAGUGAGGGACAUCUCCGUAGCUCCUCUAUACAGGGACAACCAAGCGGCUUUGGAGAGGAUGAUGGACCAAGUGGACGGGGCAAGGCAUGUCAGAAAGAUCAAAGAUGACAAGCGGAAAAGUAGCUUCUCCUUCAAACGAUCAAGAGUAAAAACCUGGGAAACCAAGGUUCACAUCGAAGAAACCGAAGAGGAUUCGGCAAAGAGUUGAGUUAGUAACAGCGUGACCCCCCCCCUCCCCUCCUUUCACAGAGACAUGUAGGAGGCUCUCUGUUCCAUGU